ACUCGACUUUGGGCAAACUGGCAGUUCAAGGCUGUGUGAAGGAUGCUGCUGUUCGUUAUGAAGAGUGCUCGCUGCAGCGCAUCUGCUUGGCAGGACAGCCUACCACAUAUUCCCAUGAUGUAGGGGAGUCUGGGAUGGGACGAUUGCUGGCAGCUGUGCAGAAGCAUACAUCUGCGCAUCCGGAUCCCGUUGGCACAAACUAUCUAUCGAUGCAACGAAGGAGGAGAGGAUCAUUGCUGUUUGCAAAACGAGCGGAGGAGAGGAUACUGCAAUUUGCAAAAGAAAACAAAGUUGUCGGUCGUGGUUUGCCUCUGGGAUGUUUUCAGGGAAAGAAGAGGAUGAAGUAACUUGGCUGGCUGGCGUGCGGCUUCUCACACAGCAAGCUUUUUGAGGGUAAGAAAGGAGGGGGGAUUGCGACGCGCGCUGUGGAGGAUGGGUAGUAGUAGUCUCUGCUUUGCAAAUAGAGCGCCGCGUUGCCAAGAUAGUGCAUCAAAUGUCAAGGUGAGGGUAUAUCCACUUUUGGUCGGGUCAGGCUUCAAUACCGGGGCUGUUGUUGCAAAGCCACUCAACUCAACUUAUAUCAUCAUAUAAUGGAGGAGAUCAUCUGAGAUUACCAAUGUACAGUUACAAAUUGCAGAGAUCAUUGGAUGUCAGAAAUUUACAACUUUGGACAAAGGGUUAAACUACCAGUACCUCCGCGUUUUAAGGCCGUUAAUGCGGUUGGCUGAAUCGGUGCGGGUGCGCCGUGCGGGUCCAUAUGCAUUUGCGUCAGAGCCUCCCCAGAGGGGGACGAAGACCCCCUGGGGUACUGGUGGUUUAAACGGAGGGUUCAUGAUGCCCAUAUUGAGGACUGUACAGUAUGAUGUGCUUAUUGUGUUGAAACUUGAAAUUCGAUAACGACUGCGAAGUUUCAUCAUCGGAGAUUGGAUAAAUGAACGGGCAAGGAAGGAUGAAGAAUUUGUGUACAUAAUUCGGGCAGCACGCUGACUCAAGCGUCAAGAACAAAGCAAGCCAGGUUGGCUACAGAUACAGCAUGAGAGAGUCCGUUGCCUUCCUGUCAAUCGUGCUGCAGAACCAUAUGGAGUUGGGAAGCAAUCAGAGAGGUCUGGAGUGAGUUAGUUACCUGUGCAGAGAUCAAGAGUGGAGGUGGAGGUUACAUUGUGUGAAGCAGAUUGAUGAAGUAAUGGUACGGGGAGCAAACAUGCUACUGGGGCAUUUCGUUCAGGGUGCAUGAGUGGAAUGGUGGGGGCAAGAGAAGGGUGGAAUUUGGACUAAGAAUGGUGCAGAGAGUUUCAUGCAAACGGACAAGCAUUGGACUGGAUGUCGAGAUGAGCAUGUGACCUGCUUCACCUUUUGGAGAGUUCAGCAUACAGCAUAAGGAAAGUCAAGGGUUCAUUCGCGUGAGGAAAGGAUGAUUGGAGCUCGAACCUCUAGGAGUUUCAUUUGGAAUCUGGUAUGUUAAACAAUUUCCAGAGUGUCUGUCUGCUCUUUAUGUGGCUGGUGGGUACAGAAUGCAGCGGUUUGUAGCCUUGUGCAUGACUGUUGCUACUGCUAGGCAGCUACAAUCAACUGGGUGGAUGGGUGGGGCAACAAAUGGGUUGCAACAAACUACAUUUGACUCAAGGAUGUAGACUCUGUUAGGAGGCAGCUGCACCCUGUGCAGUCCACAUAUUUCUGAAAGGCUCUGCUACCACUCGUGAAGGGCUGAUCUGUCCAUCAUCUACCGCUCUGUAUUUCUUUCCUCUCACCUCUGUGUGUGUGUGUCUGUGUGUUGCAGGGUGUGGGUAUGUGGUUUGUUGCCAGGCAAAUGCUGCAACUGAACAUGUUGGAAACGAAGUGAUGUGCGGACAAAGUGAGAGCUUCAGGUGGGUCAGAUGAUGCAGUGGACAUUGUGAAUCACAAGGGAUAUCCUUCUCUGCUCCUUUUUAUUAGUCAUACUGUUCUGUGUGUGAUCUGGAAGAAAUCCUUGGCUGAUCCUUUUUAUUAGUCACACUGUUCUGUUUGUGAUCUGGAAGAAAGAUGUACAGAAAUGCUUUUAGCUACCGCACAUUUGUGACAGGGCGUUGGGAAAUUACAAAGUCGCUACUUUUGAACAGGUUAUGAAUUUGAAAUGUUGUGCUGCUGAUGAUGAUGGUGAUGAUGAUUACAGUCAGUCGAUCUAUAUUCUAAGGCGUUGUUAACGUUCACGGGGUUCGGCCUUUCAUUUCCAACUCUUGGAGUUCCUAACAGCCUUAACUUUCAGGGUUCUGUUUCUUUCAGUCUUUGUUGGCAGUGAAGACAAAAACGCUUGUUUGACUCUGAUUAGGGAUUUAUGUAUAGAAUCUAUAGAUAUUAGAUACCCACACCUGGACUGUGCCAUGGCUCUGUCUCUCUACGGCAUUCGGUUUCUUUUUUCUCUUUUUUUCUCUUUGCUUAGUUUGCUAGUCUUUGCUGGUACUCUUGGGAUUCUAUGGUGGGGAAGGCUAGGAGUCCUUGUCAGCCAGCUCCAGGAGUUUCUGGUCUGGGUGACUUGCCGUCGUUGCCGAUUUAUUUUAUUUUUUCGGAGCAAAUGAUUGUGUACUGCCAAGGUGCUUUAGGCAGUGCUAAUGCUGCAUGCGAAUGCCCAGGUCCCGACCCUGCGCUGUGGGCCUGUGCUGCUAGCGACUGUCAUGUUACAGCUCUGGACAGGUGGUGCACUGCAGGGUGGGUGGGUGUGUGGGUGGUUGUCAGCUCCAUUCUUUUGUUCACCAGGCAGCAAAGCUGGCAAGCGGAAAAAGGGACUUGAACCGUCAACCUUAGCUUGGGCAAGGCUAUACUCUACCAUUCUUGGCUGUCAUGCUACAGCUGUGGACAGGUUGGGAAAGUGUUUGCCCUCGGUGAGAUUCCUAUGGGCUGCCGCUUUCAGGGUUGCAAUUUUCAGAGCACAUUGUUUAGGUGAGACCAGCAUGCCAGGCUCUCUGUGGAAUGUCUCCAGUGGUGCAUGGAGCGGCAUUUCUUCCAGCUGAUGCUGGCUUGUGCUUUGCUUGCCCUGUCGUGGUGGUUUCAUGGGCGCUGAGGGAUGUUGUGUUUGUUUCCCUCAUUUUAUGAAUGGCUUAUCAAUUCGUAUUUUGUCAGAGGAUGCACAUCCAGACGGCUUGGCCCUCGACAUGGAGGUCUGAUAUUUGGAGUGCAGGUGCAUCUUAUUUGGAUGCACAUCUGGCACGCCCUUCUUGGCCUCGGCUGCGGGGUGGCUUGUGCUUCUAUGGCGUUUUCUUGGACUCGGCUGCGGGGUGGCUUUGUGCUUCUAUAGUGUUAUAUCAAUGUGGGAUUGUUCGGCAUGGGAAAGAACUCCUCAGUGGGUUAUCCUUGACAACUAAGACAUGAGAGAGAGAGAGAGAGAGAGAGAGAGAGAGAGAGAGAGAAAUGUUGUUAAAUAUGAUGGGGUGGAUGCUGCAACACGAGGCCGCAGAAGUUAGGCACAGUGCUCAUAGAGACUUGACCCAGGAUGUCAAGGGGGAGAGUGAUGCGAAUCCAGAAAUGAUCAGGAGCAGAACGCAAACAAUCUGAAUGGUUCCCAGAGGGAGUCGACAACAGCACAGAUGGCGGCACAGAUGCAGAAGCAAGGUGAGAGAGGGCUGCAUCUGUGAAAUGUCUGUAGCUGGCUCCUGCGGACUGUAGGGUGAUUAGAAUCACGGUGGAGGGUUUCUGCUAUGCUGUAUGGGGCGUGAUUGUGUACAGUACUUGUGCAAGGUAUGUCCCAAACAACUACAGACCAGUCUAUGCUCAAGUACUGAUCUUGAGGAAGUGAACGGGGUGGAGGAGUGUGCAUAUGUGUCUCGUGUUUGUUUGUGAAUGUGUGUGUGUAUCCGUUUUUGAGCGUGUAUCUGCUUUUCGCAAACAUGCAUGUGUGCGUAGCUAAAGGACAGCGUGGAAAGGACAGAGAUGUUGCUGCCAUUGGUCUGUAUUUGUUGGGCAUGCUUUGUGCUGUAAAAUCCCUUUAACCUGUAUUUGCUAGCGUUGGUCUGUAUUUGUUGGGCUUGCUUUGUGCUUCAAAAUCCCUUUACCCUGUAUAGUGUUUCCCGUUGACUAUGCAUGCUCCUGUAUGCUGUGCGCAGACUCCAUGGGGUAGCCUGCAGCAGUUGUGUAACCAGUUGUGUAAGCAGUUGUCUAACGACCAACUCAAUGUUGCUAGUGGGAAGCAAUCAAUAGGUAGACGGACUUCAAUAUUGAUGUGCUGAUAAGCUUGAGGAUUCUAACCUUGACCUUGGGAGUUGUAUUUACGUCGGGGACUGCUCGACGGCUCGUUCUCCGUAACACUCGAAUGCAUUGGGAAGU